AUGAGGAAUCUGGUCAAGACAACAAAGCAAUGGAGAACAUUCUUCAUCGCUAGUUGUUUCCUGGGACUACUGGCGCCAACCUUCUUCAUAACAGCGUUCGCUUUCUUGGACCCAUCCAUCAUCAUUGUCGAUGUUCCCCAACUAGAACGAUACAACAGUGCAGUGAUGGGAUGGAACAGCAUGCAUAGAAGAGAAUUCUCAAGACAACAAUACUAUGUCAACGUGUCGUUGAGCUACAAGGCCGGUAGUGAAAUAACAAACAACAAUGAGCAACCUCAGCGAUUCAAUUACAUUACAUCGAUCAAUGCGGAGCAGUUGCCGUUGACGACACAAACCAACAUCCUACCAUACAAGCCACUGUAUUUCAUCUGUAACAUAUCAUCAAUCAUACCGACAAUAAUUAUCAACGACUCGACGACGAUGUCGCAGUUACCCAGUCUCAUAUUCACAAUCUAUAGCUACAAUAGCAAGACACUCCUAACCCAGAGGAUUACGAGUCAGACUGUUGAACUAUUCCGCGAACAAUCCGCAACAUUAACAGCACUCAAUGAACAGAAUACAAACGAUGUCAUCGAUAAUGACAACCAGCUAGGAGCGGCUUUGAUCAAAAAGAAGUUUGGUGGCGCUUGCUUUGUUUUAAAGAACAGUGGCAGCACUUUGGACGAGGAUCAAACUUGUAUAUAUGGAGACUCUCAGCUAAAUUACACAGACACAGUUAUAGUCAAGAACACACCAAUAUUAUUUAGAAAUACUUUAUUCAAGAUCAAAGCCAACAGUGAUCCAUUCAUUGUGGCAGGUGACCUAACUGAUGGCACAUUCACAUUCGGCAUGUCAAGGCAAACUCAACAAUCUUUGGGAACAAUAUUCCUGAUACUUGGAGCAGCCUUGACGACACUAUUCAUUGUGAUAGUGCUGAUGCUCCUGAAGAAGAAGGGAUUCAUGGGACUAUAUCGACAUAACAGGACCGAUCAUGGACUCGAUGGAUCGAUAGCAAUGGAUGAAAUGGGUGAUGUCCUAGCUCCCAAUGUCAAUCUUACAACCGGUCUCGGUAACACGGUUCCGCCAAACACUUUGAUUGGAUCAGGCAUAAACAUCAGCAACAACAACAACAGCAACCUCAACCUCAGCAACAACAUAAGCAGCAGUGUUGGAGUAGGCGGCGUCGGACUUGGUAUGAGCAACAGCAGCAGCCUAAGUGGAAGCAACAUGAGCAACAGCAUGAGUAGCAGUGCGCGACAGAGCUUUGCCCUUGAUCCAUUCACUCGCGAGAGGUCUAGUAUCAGCAGCGUAGAUCGAUCCCAUUCCCUUGAGAUAGGUGUGAUCGAAUAA